AUGAGUGAGUCCAGUACAAGUCGCAGAAGCGCGAGCAAAGACGCAGUUAAAUCGUACUUUGCAGGCAAAUACAAUAAAGUGUUAGACUCUAUCCUAGAAGCAGAAGCGGCGAUAUCUAGAUCACCGAACGUGGCAGAAGAUUUGUCAGAGAGCUCAGCAAGCGGAAAUUCCGAGAUGAGCCAUUCGUCGUUGGCUGCUUCUUCAGCAACAAGCCAAGGUAUUAGUAAAAAGGAAUUACUUCAACAAAUCGCUGGUUCGUUGUUGAGUACGUCUAUUGAGCGGUUAAAGACCACCCAUUCUCCCGAUGGGUCAUCUAUGCUGGAGUACUCGGAAGAAGUCCCGUACGAUGAACAAGAGUGCUAUGACUGCGAUGGUCCCUUCAAGUGCCCUGCUCACCUUGGGGAGGCGGCUGCGUAUUAUGAUGACGACAUCGACGCAGAGCCUGCUCUAGAACCCAUAAGUUCUAAUACUGAGAGAGAUCCAUUUAUCGAUGUCUUUCUAGACAAGCUAAUAUCGAGGCUAGUACCUGAAAAACUGCCUGAAAGAGAACAUUUUAGUAGCAGCGCUACCAUUGAGCACGAUUUGGACACAGGAAGGGUUCCUGUGUUUUCUGCAACUGUAUUAGGCGGGAACUUCAAGAAAUUGUCUAAGAAAAUGGGCUCGAUUUUUGAACUACAGGAUUCCAUAGUUCGGCUGUUGACUUGGAGAAACCCGACCGGAACGGUAACAUCACUGAUAAUAUUCACUUUAAUUUGCUUUAACCCAAUGUAUUUGGUGAUUUUGCCAAUUUUCCGUUUCAUCUAUGGUAUUAUAGUUCCCGGCUACGUACUUAGACAUCCCUUACAAAGAAGCAUAUAUCCGCUUAAACGUAACCAUGGUUCAUCGUUAUUGUAUGACGUUUGCUAUGAAGGCAAGAACGAAUACACUUAUGGUCAGCAAUUUUUUUCCAAAUCCUUUAUGGACACCUUGGAAUCCAGAAAUCAAGAAAAGGAUGAGAUUUCCGAAUUGGACAAAAGACCUGAAAACACACGGGAAUUGAAACACGGAAUGAAAGUAUUGAUUAAUCUUCGCGAUAUGCAAGACAUGACUUCUGGUACCCUUCACGUCAUUGACACAAUAAAUAAUUUUCUCCGAAAGGCUUCUAGUUUCCAGAAUGAAGUACAUUCUACUAAGAGGUUUUUCACAGGCUUCCUUUCAAUCGCCGUCCUAAAAAUCCUGUCACCCUUCGUAAAUUGGAGUUACAUGUUUAGCAUAUCUGCCUGGUGUCUAUUGAUAUAUAUGCAUCCAAGAGCUCACCCUAAAAUAAUCAAAUUCUUCCAAAGUGGAAAGGUGGAAAGAGAAUAUAAGAACUUGAAAAGGAAGGAAAAUCAAACAUACAACAUGAUAUUUGACGAAAAACCAGAAAUCAGAUACAUUGAAAUUUUUGAAAUAUAUAAAAAGGGCUUACUGCCAAACGAUUGGAAGUUUUUUAGAUUCUCCAGUAGCAUUUUUGAUCCUCUGGAUUCCUAUAGAAGAGCACAACAAGUUCCACCAGGAACAGAUUCAUUGCAGGACGUCAUGCCACCUCUAGGAUGGAUAUUCGAUCCAAAUUUUGAGUGGAGAAUCGACGCUGACGUGGAAACCUGGGUUACGGAACGAGGAUUAAAUUUACCAACUACCAAAGAAUUUUUACUCGAUCCAAUGUUUAAGAGGAGGCGGCUGAUUCAUCGUGUCAUUAAGAGCUCAAAACCAGUAACAUGA